GCUGACAAAGCUGUGGAAUAUCUAAAGCAAUCUGUACGCAAAUCAUGGCUGCCUAAUCUGCUAAACAAAAUGGGCGAUUACAUGGAACCUGCUAAAGACCUUCAAGAGGCAUUGAACUUUGAUUUCCGACGACGACCUUCCUUUUUGCAAGCAGUGGCAAAGUUGCAUACAGGUUCAAUCGUUAUUGACAAGGCAGUGAUACUUAUUUUAGUCGCUGAGGCUUAU